GCCCACGUAUUCUCUUCAAAUGGCAUGUAGCUAAUUAACACAGCUAAUAGAAUCAAUUGCAAGAACAUAGAAUCUAUUGAAUGUGAAUACAACAGCAUUACACAGAACAAUGUAGAAUAACAAUUAAAGCAAGAGUCAUGUUCAAGAUAGAUUUGAUUCUGCUGCUUCAAGCAAAAAAACACAAACCUUAGCGAAAGCAGACAGAAUUAUGAGGGUUGCUUUAACAAAGAUCUUGCAAGUGCUUCUAGCAGCGACGUUUCUUUUCACACUAUGGUUCGUAUUAAAAUCAUUGGAAAACUUAAACAUGGAAGUCGCGAAAAUCGACUCUAAAUCCUGUCAACUCCAAAAUGAAAAUAAAGUUUUAAAAACGCAUCUUAAAGACGUACAUUUAAACUUAGACAAAUCAAAACAAAAACGAAAUGAGUUGGACCAGCGCAUCAACAAAGUUGAAAAACAUGCUACAGAAGAAGUCGAAAAACAAAAACACUUGGGGAGUUCCAUAAACAAUGUAGAAACGAAACUCACACAUUUAAUACACGAACAAAAAGAGUUAGUGAAAAAAAUUAAACACUUGCACACAGGUGCUUCGACAUCGUUAUGUAGUGAUAAAGAAAAAGGGAGUACUAAAGUAAUUUCGUACAGUUUGUUUGGAGACAAUGCUGUAUCGUAUGGACGUUUUAUCAAGGAUGUCGCCCAAGAAGCACAAUCGAUUGAUCUUUACAAAGAUUUUACAUUACGAAUCUACGUUGAUGAAAAUUUUCCUGAUCGACUGCGAACGGAAUAUAAGAAAAAUCAUACGAACAUAAGAUUUUGCGAUGUGAACAAAAUUCCACAAUAUCGUAAUUUGACAUACACUAUGGGGCGAGCGUGGCGUUUCGUUACGAUGGCUGAUGAAACGGUUGAUGUCGCGUGCUCGCGAGAUCUAGACUCACCGUUACUUCAACGCGAAUCUGACGCUGUUACAGAAUGGAUGGAAAGUGGAAAAAUAUUCCAUGUAAUGAGAGACAGACCAUUACAUUAUUCGAGAAUCAUGGCAGGUACAUGGUGUUUUAAAAACAAAAAAAAUCGAACAAUGGGUAAAGACCUUUUUAACAUUUUCAUGAAAAAAUCAAGUGGACUUAGUCUAAACUCUAAACGUGAUCAGUAUGUCUUAAACUAUUAUGUAUGGCCCAAGGUGGAAGAAGACUCCAUACAACACGAUGCAUAUCUAUGUGACAGUUUCAAAGGGUCACAACCAUUCCCAACAAAGAGAAAAGACUUUUUCGUAGGGUGUGUUCGAGACUGUUGGGUAUUCGGUAAAGUAGAAUGUCCUUCUAAAUGUAGACCAAGAAAACACAAGGAUUGGAAAUACUGUUGACCUAAGUAUAUAAAAUUGUACAAGUAAAAUUUACAUUUUAAUAUUAUUUUUAAGGUUGCUGAGCAGCUGAAAGUAUUUUAUAUAUAUGUAUACGUAUGUGUAUUAUAAGUUUAAUAUAAAUAAUUAUAUUUUUUGACGACGUAGGGAAGUACAGAAUUAAAAUAAA